AUGCGUUACUGGGAGAAAAUUUUACAGAUUUUAGUAUUUCCAAAUAAUGAUAAUAUGAUAAAUGAAGUUAUGGAAUUGAAAUAUGAUGAAGAGUGGUUGGCAAUUAUAAAAGCUACAAAUCCAUACUUUAGUACAUCACAUGUUCAAGCAAUUUUGACAACAUAA